AUAGCUGAUAUGAUCUAUUUUACUUUGAUUUUUCUCUCUAACAACGAACUUCAAACAAAGCUCUGCUACCACAUUGGGAGACAACUAUGCAGGCAAAUAAUGCACUACUUCAAUAUGAUGCUCUACAUGAUCCCACGGAGCUCUCCUAUAAUCCUCGUGUAGCAAAGGAUGCUGCAAAGGCUUUUUCAGGAAUUGUGCGUGAAAGAAACCUAGAAUUCAACAUAUUAGGUACUAUAAACUCAGAGCCUGUCUUAAGUUUAAUGACUGGGGAAUUCACUAAAUAUGGAAACCAGUCUUCGGCACCAAAACAUGAUAGGGAUGGAACCUUAAUGAGUGCCGCAAGUGGAAGCAAGAGAUCAACAAAUGCAGAUCAAGAUGAUAGUAACGAAGUAUGUUUAUCGAUAAAUUUUCAUAUAAAUGUGGUUGAUGAAUGUAAUGUGUUCUGCCACUGUUAUCUUAAGAAGUUAGAACACUUAGGAAAUGAGUAG